AUGAGCAAGGGACAUAGUAAGAACGUGUUUAUGAGAAUCAUGUGUUGUCCAAUAAGAGCACUUGGAAAAGCAAGAGACGCAUACGUAAGAAGCAUAACAAACUGUGGUCAGAGUAUGAAUUACGGUAGUUAUCCAAUGGAUGCUGCUAGUAGAUUCUCUUCUUUAUCAAGAAGUCAAAGUGCUGCAACAACAUCAUCAAGAAGAUCAUCAUCAUCAUCAUCGUUAUCAAGACUUGAUAAUAAUGAAGACUUUGCUGAGCUUGUUAGAGCUGCUUCUGCAAGGACUUUAGGGAAUAGAAUGGACAUAGAUUUGGUUCUCAAACAACAAGAACAACAAAAGAUGAAUAAAAAGUUACCUAAGUCUAGUAGUGUUGGAAUGGCAAAGAUUGAUGAAGAUAUGCCUUUUGAUUUUGGUGUUGGGAAUGGUGUUGGUUUUGUUGUUGAUUCUUAUCCUAGAUCUAAGAGUUAUGCUGUUGGAAAUAGAACUAGGAAUGGUGUUUUCUGA